AUGUCGUGGCCUGUGAUUGCUGCAUCAAUCCUCAGUACGCUUCUAGCGUUAUUGUAUGGAACAGUUCUUAUAUUUUCUCAUCUACCACGAGUGCCCACUCCAUCUGAGGGGAAGUAUAAAACUAACAAUGGUGAAGGUGCUGUGAACGAUCUACCACCUCGAGGCUCCUCUAGAAAAAGCAAAGCAGACGACUCUUCUCUUGAAUUGACCGUAGUGGUGCCUUCUUAUAACGAGACUGGUCGCUUAGGUAAAAUGCUUGAAGAGUCUGUAGCAUACUUGGAAGAUCAUCACAAAGGUGACUACGAGAUUCUCAUUGUAGAUGAUGGCAGCAAAGAUCACACUGAUGAGUUUGCAUUGCUGGAGGCUACUCGGUUGGGCCUCCCACCCCAUGUGGUGAAGGUAGUUCUGCUCUCUAAGAAUAGAGGUAAAGGUGGGGCUGUCACCCAUGGCAUUCUACAUGGAAGCGGCAAGUAUCUUCUUUUUGCUGAUGCUGAUGGUGCUACGCGUUUCAGCGACAUGGAGAAAUUGCUACUGUUUGUGAAACUGGAGAAAGGCCCUGUGGUAGCGAUCGGGUCUCGUGCUCACAUGGUGAAUACAGACGCAGUGGUGAAGAGGCUGUUGAUCCGGAACUUUUUGAUGUACGGUCUUCAUGCCUUGGUGUAUACCUUUGGUAUUAGAAAUAUUCAGGACACUCAGUGUGGGUUCAAGAUGUUCAACCAAGAGGCCGCCCGGAUGAUAUUUCCUCACAUGCAUACAGAGAGAUGGAUUUUCGACGUUGAAGUUUUGUUGUUGGGAGGACUUCAAAAUAUCACAAUUAGAGAGGUCCCUGUGAAUUGGCAGGAGAUUGAUGGCUCCAAGGUGGACUUGGCCAGGGACCUGAUCCAGAUGGCCAUUGACUUGGUGGUGACCCGGAUGGCGUAUCUUAUGGGAAUUUACAAACUCGAUGAAUGUGGCCGCAAGAGUGGGUAG